AUGGAGGGGCAGACCCUGAGUGGUCGGGAGCUCCGCCUGGCGAUGCACCCCGCCGAGGACUACACCAUUCAAGAAAAAAUUGACUUAGAAAUUCGAAUGCGAGAAGGAAUUUGGAAACUCCUUUCUUUGAGCACUCAAAAAGACCAGGUUUUACAUGCAGUUAAGAAUCUCAUGGUGUGCAAUGCUCGAAUAACGGCUUAUACAGAGCUACAGAAGUUAGAAGAGCAGAUGGCAAAGCAAACUGGAAGAUGUGAAGUGCAUUUUGAAAGUAAGAAACGAAGAGCAUGUAAAGGAAAGAUUGCCAUAUCAGAUAUCCGAAUACCAUUAAUGUGGAAAGACUCUGAUCAUUUCAGCAAUAAAGAACAAUCACAGCGCUAUGCCAUUUUUUGUUUAUUCAAAAUGGGAGCUGAAGUUUUUGACACUGACAUGGUGAUUGUGGAUAAAACAAUCACAGAUAUAUGCUUUGAAAAUAUAACUAUAUUUAAUGAAGCAGGGCCAGACUUUCAAAUAAAGGUAGAAGUGUAUAGUUGCUGUACAGAAGAAUCUUCUAUAACCAACACACCGAAAAAGCUGGCUAAGAAACUUAGGACAUCUAUAAGUAAAGCUGCUGGAAAGAAAAUAAAUUCAGUGCUUCAAGAAGAUGAUCAUGAAACAAGCUUGUUCUUCAGUUCAGCUAUUUUUGGUGCAAAGUAUAAUUUGCUAGCUCAUACUACUCUGACCUUGGAAAGUACUGAGGAUAGCUUCAAGACCCAUAAUCUGUCUAUUAAUGGAAGUGAGGAGUCUUCAUUUUGGCUUCCCUUAUAUGGCAACAUGUGCUGCCGAUUAGUUGCCCAGCCAGCUUGCAUGGCUGAGGAUGCAUUUGCGGGAUUUCUCAAUCAGCAGAAAGUGGUAGAAGGUCUGAUUAGUUGGAGAAGGUUAUAUUGUGUUUUAAAAGGGGGUAAACUCUAUUGUUUUUACACCCCAGAAGAAAUUGAAGCUAAAGUGGAACCAACCUUGGUAGUGCCCAUUAACAAGGAAACUAGAAUUCGGGCAAUGGAUAAAGAUACCAAGAAAAGAGCCCAUAAUUUCGUUGUCAUCAACCCUGGUACUGGACAGGCUGUAACUCAGAUUUUUUCAACUGACAAUAGAGAAGAUCUUCAGAAGUGGAUGGAAGCCUUCUGGCAGCAUUUCUUUGAUCUUUGCCAAUGGAAGCAUUGUUGUGAAGAACUUAUGAAAAUUGAGAUUAUGUCACCACGGAAACCACCUUUGUUCUUGACAAAAGAGGCGACCUCAGUCUAUCAUGAUAUGAGCAUUGAUUCUCCUAUGAAAUUUGAAAGUUUAACUGAUAUAAUACAAAAGAAAAUUGAAGAGACAAAUGGACAGUUCCUUGUUGGUCAGCAUGAAGAAGCCUCACCACCUUCACGGGCUUUGCUCUUUGACGGUCAUCACCAGAUGGUCGUUCAGGAAAAGGUAGUGUUGCCUGCAAGCGAGCAGUUACCUGGUGGGAAAAGGAAGAAGAGACGCGCUCCCCUUCCUCCUUCCCAUGAAGCUGCAUUCAGCUUAAAAACACAGUCCAGCAUACAUCAGUUGGAUAAGAACAAGUGGGAAAAAACUAGUGUAUCUCGGACCUCUCCCUUGGAUACCAAGUUGUCAACCCUAAUGCAUCACCUACAGAAACCUAUGACUGCUCCUCAAAAACUUCUCCCUGCCAGGAAACAUAGUUUAACUGAUGGUGAGCACCCAGACACUAACACCAGUUUUGAAGCCAAGCCAGUGCUAGCUCCAAGGCAGAAAUCCAUCAAAGACAUUUUAGACCCUAGAUCAUGGUUGCAGGCAUAA